AUGUGUCAUGUAUUAGCUGAAGUACUUGAUGCUGUCUUAUAUCGUUCAUUACGUAUGAUUAAUCAAAUACCUUUUCUUUCAAAAUUACCUUUUUGGAAAAAAAAUAUUCUUGAUAAUGGAGCUGAAACUAUUGCAAAAUUUGUUGAUAAAAUUAUUUCUGAUCGACGACAUGGACAUUCAAAUAGUAUGUCUGAUGGUCCUGAUUUACUUGAUUUACUUCUUUCAACUGUUGAUAAUGAAGGAGAAUCAUUUACUAAUCAAGAAAUCAAAACACAUGCUCUUACAUUUGUACUUGCUGGAAGUGAAACAACAGGAAAUUUAAUGGUAUGGAUAUUUUAUAUUUUAAUGACACAUGAUCAGGUUUCAAAAGCAUGUCAACAAGAAAUUGAUCAAGUUAUUCCAAAUAAUAUUGAUGAAUUAACUAAUGAACAUUUAUCAAAACUAGUUAUAUGUGAAGCAAUAAUUAAUGAAACAUUACGUCUUUAUCCAUCUGCACCACUUUUUAUACGUCGUUGUAUACAUGAACAUACUAUUGGGACAGAAGAAAAUCAAUUAAAUAUACCUGUUGGGACAGAUAUUUUUAUAAAUAGUUAUAUUCUUCAUCGUCGUAGUGAUUUAUGGCCUCGACCACUUGAAUUUGAUUAUACUCGUUGGUUACGUGAUACGAAAAAUGAUCUUAAACCAAAAUUAGUUCAUCCAUUUGCUUAUCUUCCUUUUGCUGCUGGUUCACGAAAUUGUAUUGGACAAAAUUUUGCAUUAUUAGAAGCGAAAAUUAUGUUAGCUAUGCUUGUACAACAAUGUCAUUUUAAAUUAAUACCUGGACAAAAAAUAAUUCCAGAAGUUAAAAUCACAUUAAGAACAAAAUAUGGUUUAUUAGCAAAUAUUACUAAACGUCAAAUAUAA